AUGGCAAGCCCAGAAGAACUAGAUGCUGCUGCUGCUUAUACUGCCACCUCCUCCAGGAGGACAUACCCGGAGGAGGAGGAGAAGGGUUAUGCUGAUGAUGGAGAGAGAAAAUCAGAAGUUAGCAAAGAUUUUUCUACCUCCAAACAAAGCAAGGAACAAGGCGAGGCAGAGAAAAAAGAGCACGAGGAUGGAGCACAAAACUUGAAAUCGACCCUUCUGAUUUCAGGGGUGGUGGUUGCAGUGAUUGGAGCUAUAUUCGCCAUUGUAAAGAAGAUCAAAGAGGCAUGA